AUGGCAGGUGGAUCAGGAGAUAUCUGGAAACAACAGCCUACAGUCAGCGGGUCAACAAAGGCCUGGUUGAUUGUAUCUACGCUGACCAGCCAGACUGGAAGUUGGUCUACCGUUGGCACGAACAUAUCCGACUUCACAAGAUAUAUCCGGAAUCCCCGCACUAUCUACACGCAAACCAUCUUCUUCCCGCUUAUUUGCUUCUGGCUUGCUAUGCUUGGAAUCAUCAGUGCUUCUGCUUCAAAGGUUGUAUACGGCGAAUAUAUCUGGGACCCGCUGACGCUCGCCUCAUACUGGACAUCCCCGGGCGCAAGAGCAGGCGCCUUCUAUUGCGGCCUUGCCUGGAUGGUUGCGCAGAUUGGUGUCAACGUCAGUGCCAACGUUAUCAGCGUUAGCAACGAUAUGGCAUCGCUAUUUCCAAAAUAUGUAGACCUCCGACGCGCUGCCGUCAUCGCAACCAUUAUUGGUGGCUGGGCAAUGGUGCCGUGGAAGAUCAUCACCAGUGCAGAAAGUCUGCUUAACUUCAUGGCUAGCUUGGGAAUCUUCCUGGCGCCAAUCAUUGCCAUCUCGAUUGCCGACUAUUGGAUUGUGAAGAGGGGUAGGGUUGACAUCCCGGCGCUCUAUCAACCUCACUCGAGAUAUCGCUUCCGUGGAGGUGUUAAUUGGCGGGCUGCAGUUGCGAUGUUAGUCAGUGUUGGGCCGACUAUGCCGUCCCUGGCAAAAAAUAUUGAUGCAACUGUCAACAUUGGUGGCGCAGAGUACAUUGCGGAUUUGGUAUGGUAUUACGGCUUUCUCAGCGCGUUCUUGACUUAUGUACUACUGAGCAAAGUCUUCCCUGCCAAGGAAUCACUAGUAUCCCAGGAAGACCUACUGCCGAUUGAGGCUCUAGAAGUGGAUAUGUAUUCCGACAAGUUGAAGCGGGAGUCUAGUGUCAAGGAUGCAUGA